AUGGCGGCAGGGGAGCACAAGGGCUGGUUCAAGGACCAGCUCAGACUCGUGACCAUUGGGAUCACCAUCUUCGUUUCACUGGGGUCUUUCACCUAUGGCUACUGUAGUUCUAUCAUCGCUACCACCUUGGGCCAACCUGAUUUCUUCAAUUACCUGAACCUUGCUACUGAAGGCCCCGGCUUGUCUCAUACCAAUGCCAUAACUGGUGCUAUGAACGGUCUCUUUCAGGCCGGUGGCUUGUUCGGAUCGCUCUCUAUCGGCCCACUCUGCGACUAUUUCUCACGACGAGGCGGCAUUGGCAUUGCAGCUGCGACCUGUUUGGUCGGCGGAGCUCUGCAAUGCGGAUCUGUCGACGUCGGCAUGUUCUUAUUUGCAAGAUUCUUGACAGGUAUUGGAACUGGCAUGAUCGUGUGUGGAGUGCCGCUCUACCAAAGCGAGGUCGCUCCACCUCAUACCCGUGGACUCGUUGUUGGCGUUCACGGCGCCUUGCUCUGCACCGGCUAUUCAGUCGCUGGCUGGGUCGGCUAUGGCUGUUUCAGCUACACGGGACAGUUCCAGUGGCGUUUCCCGCUUGCUGUGCAGUGUUUUGCGCCCUUGAUGGUGCUGUGUGGAUUGUUCUUUAUUCCAGAAAGUCCUCGUUGGCUGGUCCUCCACGACAAGCACGAUCGAGCCUACAAAGUCAUGGAGUGGCUCCACCGCGACCCUCUUGAUCCAGAAGGCAUCCUCGUCAAGGAAGAGUGGUACGCCCUGCUGAAACAGCUCGAACUCGAGAAACUGCGCGGUGCUGGAGGAUACAAGGAGUUGUUCACCGGCUGGCCGAAUCGAAAGCGUCUGCUCUUGGGCUUCUUCACCGUCUUCGGCGGCCAGUGCACCGCUACCAUUGUCAUUAACAACUACGGUGUCAUUUUGUACACGGCCCUGGGGUAUGUGGCACCGACCACUCUUGCGUUCACAGCCGGCUGGGUUACAGUGGGAGUCGGUGGAAAUGCUCUCUCCGCGCUGAUUGUUGAUCGAGUGGGACGUGUGAGGCUGUUGAUAAUCGGUUUCUCCGGGUGCCUCAUGGCUCUCAUCGUCGAGAUGGCACUGUUGGCAACCUACAAGGGCACGACCAACAAGGCCGGGCUUGCCGCAGCGGUAUCCUUCCUCUUCAUCCACGUGGCCUUCUACAGCUCCUGCGUCGACGCCGUGACCUACAUCUACUGCACCGAGAUCUUCCCCAACCACCUCCGCGCCAGGGGUACGUCCAUUUCAGUGAGCGGCCUCUUCUUCGCCACCGUCAUUUACACCUGCGCCGCGCCCACCGCCUUCGCCAAUAUCGGCUGGAGGUAUUACAUUGUCUUUGCCGUUACGACCGCCAUGACCAUCGUCGCGGUCGUGCUCUGGUGGCCAGAGACCAAAGGUCUGUCCCUCGAGGAGAUCAACGCGCUGUUCGGCGACGAGGUCGCAGUCGAUGUUGCACACAUGACAAAGGAGCAGAGGGAGGCGCUCGACGAGAAGAUCUUUGCGCAGCAGAUCGAGGGCGCCAGUGUUGCCCCGCCUGAGAAGGCCUAA